CACACAGAAGCGCCCCUCUCUACCCUCCCCUCCUGCGGUACGUUGCCUUCGAUUUUUGAUGCGAGAAGAGUUCACCACUCUCUUCCCUCUGUGUACACACGAACUAGCGCUAUCCACUAGGCCUGGAGCGGAAGCGAGAGAAAAACUCACUUUGCUAGAAAAGCUCGCAUACGCCGGGGUUCGAACCCCUGACCUGACCUCUACAAGCUGGUCCAGCCAAGAAACCAACUUGCGUUCGUCACGCCAUAGCUUAUCAAGGAAAAAGAAUUGA